UCAAAAAAAGAAGAACCUUCCUCCCGUUGCCCACACCGUCUUCCCUAACCUAUCGAGCCACUCCACCUUCCCCACCUCCUUUCUCUAUAAAUAACUGUUAACUUGGUUCUUUUGUUCCUCGGUUAAUCAAAAUCACCGCAACUCCAAAGAGCCUCCCCUCCGCCUCUCUUUCUGCUGCUUAUUGCCCGUCCACCCAUAACUUCCCAAAAGAAUACGGCGAGAUCUGAAUUUGGGGGGUGCCAUGGCGGCAUCCUCAUCGUCGGUGGUCGAGGAGGAGGAGGCGUUCGAGCACACGCUGCUGGUGGUGCGGGAGGUGUCGGUGUACAAGAUCCCGCCGCGUAGCACGAGCGGCGGGUACAAGUGCGGCGAGUGGCUGCAGUCCGACAAGAUCUGGUCCGGCCGCCUCCGGGUGGUCUCUUGCGGAGACCGCUGCGAGAUCCGGCUGGAGGACCCCGGCUCCGGGGAGCUCUUCGCUGCUUGCUUCGUCCGCCUCGGGCAGCGCGAGAACUCCGUCGAGACCGUGCUCGAUUCGUCCCGCUACUUCGUGCUCAAGAUCGAGGACGGCCAGGGCAAGCACGCCUUCAUCGGCCUGGGGUUCAACGAGCGCAACGAGGCGUUUGACUUCAAUGUGGCCCUCUCCGACCACGAGAAGUACCUGAGGAGGGAGCACGAGAAGGAAACCAGCGUCGACACUGAUGAGAGCCACAUCGAGAUCCAUCCCGCUGUCAAUCAUCGGUUGAAGGAAGGCGAAACCAUUCGAAUAAAUGUGAAAAACAAACCUGCUAGUGGAGGUGGCAUGCUUUCAGCUGCUGGCUUGUCUGCAGGAGCCUCUAGCAAACAUACGGCAACAACAUUUCUUGCACCUCCUCCUGGUGGAGCAAGAAAGUUAAGGUCUCCACUACCACCCCCACCUAAUGAUCCUGCCACUGCUAGGAUGACCUUAGGUCACAAUUCUGGACUGAACCCUCCCAAAGACUCUGCAAGGCGUCCUGGAGAUUCUUUACAAGAUCUUUCUUCUAUUGAGAGAAGCCUGCCUUCGACGACUGGGUCAGGAUCAACAAAGAGCACAGCAUCUGGGUGGGCGGCAUUUUGAGCUUUUGAGAACAUAUUGGAUAUGGUCUUUAUCUACAGCAGAGAUACGAAAUGGAUGAAAUAUGUAUGAGUUAUAAACUGUCCUUUUUUCUCAAAUGUUGGAGGUUUUGCAUCGCCCAUAGUACUCAAAUAAUGGUUACAGGAAUUUGUCGUCUUUAAGUUUUCAAGUCAUGAGUUGAAAGCAUUAGAUAUAUCAUGUAAAUGAUCAUGUGAACUAUUCUUAGCAUUUCCAUAAAUAACUACGACGAGAUGAUAUUAUUUCAA